AUGGGAGUGGAUGACAGUAUAAUCAUAGGGAAUGCCAGGUCGGUGAAACAAAAGGCACAACACAUCCAGAAAGAAUCGUGGUGGUGGAAUGCGGACGUUCAGGCGACCCUUCGGCAGAAGAAAGAGCUGUUCAAGAAAUGGCAACUAUCAAACAGUGCGGAAGACAGAGUAAAAUAUGCUAGAUCGAAGAGGAAGGCAAAGAAAGUCGUCGCUGAAGCAAAUUCUACAGCGUGCAAGAGCAUAUGCGAAAAACUGGCAACAAAAGAAGGGAAAAAGAUAUCUACCGCACAGCAAAAGCCAGAGAAUGAACGAGAGACGCCGGCAUUGUGA